AUGAUCCUCUAUAAUUUCGAAUCGAAUUUAUUUAUAAUCGAUCGAUUCAUUUCGUUUACAUUUGGAACCUACGACACCGAUGAGUACCAACAAGUGCAUCUUUUCCUGCAUAGAUACGCAGUAGAUCUAAGAUUAUUCCAACAUCUUCGCACUUUGGUGAUUAUCAAAAUGACAAUCGACGAUUUUCCUAUGAUUCAGUCAGCAAUCAGUUCUCUCGAACAUCUCGUUAAUAUACGACUAUCAGUGGAUAGUGAAGGUGUAGAUACAAUGUCAUUCGUGCAUAUUGAUAAUGAUUUACUGGCUGGACCGAAACUGAAACGUGUGAAAAUGGAUAUGUGUGCGAGAACGACGUUUUAUAAUGUGACGACAUUGUCCAAUGUUGAACAAUUAUCGAUUGUCUGGUGUCAAAUGCAGGAAUUAACACAUCUGUUACAAUAUUCACCAUGUUUGACAACAUUAAAAGCAACUAUCUGCGGAUUAAAUGACGUUGAUUUAUGGACUCAAUCAAUUUGUGGUAAUCUUCACCAAAGAUGUUCUUCACGCUUAAAUUCUCUCAAACUAGUAAUUGAUUCCAUACGUUUCGAUUAUUUAUUAUUAUUACUCGAAGAACUCGGUCAACUUCGUUCUCUAUGGUUAUUACUCAAUCAUUAUGAAUAUCUCGAUGCUGACAAAUGGGAAAAUCUCUUUCAAACCUCGUUAACUCAAUUAGAUCAUCUCGAUUUAACCAUCGCUUUGACAAAGCCCUUUCAAUCAGCAAAUUCUCCCAAUCAAAUGUUGAUGUUCUCACCACCACACAUCGCUUGUAUAAAAUUCAAUACAAAGUUCUGGUUUCAACGUGGUUGGCGCGCUAAACUUGACGAAUACGAUCAUUGUGUACGCUUAACUGUCUCAAAUCACGCAUUGCCUAUCUAA